CCCUGGGGAUCCCAGGCUUGGCAGGAAGCGCGCAGGCGCCGCGAGGUCCCCCUGAGAGCUCGGACCGGGAACCCCCGCAGGGCGACCCGACCUCCGUCCACUCCCACGAGGCCAAAGUAACCAGGGUUACCCCCAGGAACUCCAAGGAAGCCCUCAAAUUCGAGUGUCCAGAAUCCGAAGCAGUUCGUCGCUCGUCGUUCGGGCAUAUCGGGUACCCGUUGGAGGCCUGACUUUUAAAUUCGGGAAGGAAAAGGAACCUCGGCUCCUCGUCGCAAGUGCAAGGACUGGCUGGAAGCUGAAGGAGGUUUUCGAGUUUUUGGUCGCGUUUUGGGACCGAUGAGGGCCAUGGAGACCAAGAUGGAGCCACUGACGCCCCCGCACACCCCUCCUUCUGGAUUAGAGCGCACCUUGCACCCUGCCAGGAGCUCGCCCCCCAGGUGGAUCAGGUCGCAGAUGCAGGUGCAGCAUCCUCAAGGGCCCCAGCCCUCCGGGUACCACGCGGCGUUCCUGGACCACUGGCUGAGGGGCGCUGCCCUGCUCGCCGUCAGGGGCUGCUGCCCCCAGGGGGCCCCCCAUCACGCGCACCACGCUCAUCAGGGACACGUGCUGCAUCCUGGAAUCCCGGGACCCCCGCCGGCCUCUUUCCUCGCCAGAAGGGUCCCUGGACAGCGGCCCAAGAAGCAGUUUAUCUGCAAGUUCUGCAACCGGCAGUUCACCAAGAGCUACAACCUCCUCAUCCACGAGAGGACCCACACCGACGAGAGGCCCUACUCCUGCGACAUCUGCGGGAAGGCCUUCAGGAGGCAGGAUCAUCUGAGGGACCAUCGGUACAUACACAGCAAGGAAAAGCCCUUCAAGUGCGCCGAGUGCGGAAAAGGAUUCUGCCAGAGCAGGACCCUGGCGGUGCACAAGAUCCUGCACAUGGAGGAGUCGCCGCAUAAGUGUCCGGUCUGCUCGAGGAGCUUCAACCAGAGGAGCAACCUGAAGACCCACCUCCUGACGCACGCGGACGUCCCUCAGGACCUAAGGAUUGACUCUCAGGUGCCUUCCGAGGCCAGCGUCUCGGCGUCCGUCGCUGUCCGGCAAAUGGCCGAAAGGGUUGGGACCCUACUUCCGGUACAGAGGACCAGCACCGCGCCGAAAUUGGGAUUCAGUAUAGAAGAUAUCAUGAGGCGUUAAACUCCCUAAAAAGGACCCCUUGUAACAUAGUCCUCGUCUGUACAUAAUUCUAAUCAACUCGACGCGUUAAAUUAUUAUCGAUAUAGGCGAGUCGAUCGUUGAUAUUCGUAGUCCUCCGUAACUAUCCAAAAUGGCGGCCAUAUAGUUCCAUUCAACUCUUCGCGUUAAAUUAUCGUCGAUAACGCGUCGAUCGUUGAUACUUGUUGUUUUUCGUUACUAUCCAAAAUGGCGGCGGAGAGUUGUCAGUGCAGAGGACAUUAGGCGUUAGCGUAAUUCCCAGUGUUAGGGACCCCAUGUAAUAUAAUCCUUGGUGUCUGUAUAUAGUUCCAUUAAGCUCGGCGCGUUAAAUUAUUAUCGGCAGCGUCUCGAUCUUGGUAUUCGUAAUUUUGGCCCUCCGUUGUUCUCCAAAAUGGCGGCGGAGACCGUGGUUUCUCCUGCGACCAAAGUUCUGCUCGAUCUAAGGCACUGUACUUGUAAUACAGGCUCUGUGACGCUUCCGGUUCACCGGUGAGGCUUUGUAUAUAGUAGCUUAUCGGCGCAACUAAAUUAUUACGAUUUUUAUCGACCCUUGUCUUUAUGUCCGGGACAACAGUUACCAGUAACAGUGCAAAACGUAGAUACGUGGCGGGGUGAAUUAGGAGGAAGAUUUAAUAUAAUAUUUGAGGGCUCGAUAUAAUAAUUGGUGGGCUCAACCGCCAGGAUAUAAACUGCCCCGUUAAUGGUUAUCUAUAAUUAAGACUUUGAGACAGAGAACUUCCUUCCUCGGGAUUUCGCGAAAAUUUCUUCCGGGCUUUUUUCUCUCUUUGCAAAAGCAUUCCUGGAAAAAGUGAGAGGGGCUUAAAAGGGUCUUCCCUGUUUCGAAAAGAUACCCCUGUUUAGGUCGGGACAUCCCGCUGGAUGUGGACCACCCACGGCUC